AUGCGGUGUAUGAGGUACGGACCAGAAGUGUGGGGCAGGCAGGACGGGUCCAACGGGAGCAGCGGGGAGACUAGAGUCGAUGAUAAUUUCGCCGACUGGCGCAGUGUCCAGGUGAAAUCUAGACCGUGGCCACUUGCUCAAGGUAUUCCACUAGCAUUCUUGUUCAAGGCGAACCGUACCGUACCUGGCCUGGCCGGUUGCCAUAGCAACUGUCCACAAGUCUAUCAGGGAGAUCCAGGGCCACAGGGCACGAGACCAAAACGAGCUCCAAAAAUACACAUUUCCGAAAUCAAAACCAUUUUCCUGGUUUCAGCUCCAAGACCGCGCAAAGUGCAUCCUGCAGCACAGCACGGUGGUGAUAAAAAUUUUCCUUUUCACUUCCCCAUAGCAAUCAGGAAUCAAGGGGAGAUCGCGAAAAAUUUUCUUCACUUUUCCCCAACAGGUGCUUUCCCGGUAUGUUCCGUGGAGAAAGAGCUGGGAGUAGGUAGUAAAGGUAGAGAGUAUCGAAAAGAAAAAGUUUGA